AUGUUUUUGUUCGGACAGAUUGGUGUUACCUAUGCUCUUUUUGUCUGCGCGGCAGCCAUUAAAUGCUAUAGAGGACAAAUCAAUGUUAAUGAAAAAGGACCGCCAGGCCAUAUAAAGGAUUGUCCACGGGCGAAGUAUUGUGCCAAGAUCAGCGGUGGUCACACCCUCUAUGAUUGCGACGACAUCAAUUUCUACUGUAAAAAGGAGGGUUGCGAAACAACAGAACCCAUCAUUACAUGCUGCUGUACUUCGGAUCUUUGCAAUGGAGCUUCUGAACCAAAACAGUUAUCAGGAUUCCUUUCCAUGAUAUCUAUCAUUAUAAUAAAACUCAUUAUCUAUUAA